AUGACAGGGUCUGGUAGGAUGGAACAACCGAAGCCUCCAGAUUUUCGGACACGUCUCGAUGGUGUGGAGAAAGCUGAAAUCGUCUUCCCACUUUCGAAUGAUGUGACUACCAUGCUGACACCAUUCUCGAAUUUUUCUGAUGGAUAUAUGGGUACGGAGCAUUCAUUCCUCUCAGCAAUACGACGAAUGCUUUGGGAUUCCAAAAAAUUAUGGGAAAAUCCGAUACGGGGCAUCGUCGUUCAAUGCAAUGAUGAUAUCAUUGCAAAAGUCAUCACGACGAACGGCGACUACACGGAGUAUACGGCUUUGCAAUACCUUGCAGAACAGGUUCCUGAAAUUCCUGCUCCUAGACCUCAUGGCUUGAUCAAGUUCGGGUCUUUUUGCAUGCUUUUCAUGUCCUAUAUCCCGUCCAUGACGUUGAGUGAGGCAUGGCCGUGUCUUUCACACGAACAGAAGAUUUCCGUGCAGUAUCAGCUAGAUGACAUCUUUAGCAGGUUGAGAAAUGUUCGUCGGGGGGAUGGUCACUAUCUUGGGGGGCUCGGUGGCGAAGGAGUAAAGGGACAGCAGCCUAAUACAAUCAUCAGCACGGCUGCUGGAUUUGAGGAUUUCAGAUACUCCGCCCCCCAUCACGGCAGCACUACAUACGCCACUUUCCUUCGCUCUUUCCUCACAGAUUCCAUUCAAGGUUCAGUCUUCACUCACGGUGACGUCAGAAAAGAUAAUAUCUUAGUGAAGCUGAAUCAAGACAAUGUCUGGAUUGUCACUGGGAUCAUUGACUGGGAGGACAGUGGGUUCUAUCCAGAGUGCCACGAGUGUACUCAAUUGACGAGGACAUUGAGUGUGACGGAGGAAGAUGACUGGUAUCUCUACUUACCAGCGAGUAUCUCCCCGCUGCAAUUUCCGAUACGUUGGCUUGUUGAUCGACUUUGGGAUAUCCAUACCAAAACCACAUGA